UUCUUUACUUUUGUGUUGCAGCUUUUAUCGAAAUGAACUUCUCCUGGCUCGCAGUCUUCAUUCUGGCCAUCAUAGCUGUGGCUGUUUCGGCCAAGCCUCAAUGCCCCGCACCAUUCAAGAAUGAGGGCAACAAGUGCAUAACUAGCCGUACCAUCCGCGGCGAAUGCCCACACAAUUCCGAAUACAAAGCCAGUAUCAACAAGUGUGUCUACAAGUCCUAAACAAAAUGAAGUAACAUCUAAUCUGGCAAAAUCGAAUAAAAAUAAACUAAGAGAAACUUAAAAAACAAAA